UACUAGUCCACGUGUCAAAUGCACAGCAAAUACAGCGAUCCCACCCCAAAAUUGAAAAUCCUCCCUUGUUUCCUCGUCCCUCCUUUCCCUGUUCCAUCCGCCUCUUUGCUGCCGUUGGCUUUCUCGUCGGAGAAACCAAAGCGAAUCGUUUAAAACCUCGCUUGUUCCUCCGUCUGAUAGCCGACGUUUAGUCCUCACAUUCCCUGUCACAUUAUAAUUUCCUGCUGUAUACUCUCUCUUGGUCGAGCAAUUUGUUCUUCAUGGCGGAGGAUGACGCCGAUAAGACAGUGCACCUUCAUGGAGACCUGGAUGUGAAGAUAGUAGAAGCUCGGUGCUUGCCAAAUAUGGAUUUGCUGACGGAGCAUCUGAGACGGUGCUUAACGCCGUUCGAAACUUGCCGGAAUCCGUUUGUGAAUAAGCACAAGCACGUACCACACCGCAAGAAGAUCAUCACCAGCGACCCUUACGUGACAGUUUGCCUUGCUGGAGCGACCGUGGCUCGCACGCGCGUGAUCUCCAAUUCGCAGAACCCGGAGUGGAACGAGCGGUUCAAGAUCCCAUUGGCUCAUCCUGUUACGCACAUCGAGUUUCACGUCAAGGACAACGACAUGUUCGGUGCCGAUGUAAUCGGAAUCGCUAACGUUCCCGCCGCUAGGGUCGUGUCCGGUGAAAGCAUCAACGAUUGGUUCCCGAUUAUCAGUUUCUAUGGGAAACCACCGAAGCCGGACUGCGCGGUUAGGCUCGAAAUGCAGUUCACGAAAUGCGAAGAUAUUCCGUUGUACCGGAAUGGCAUGGGGGCUAGUGCGGAUCAAUACGGAAUCGAUAAUUGUUACUUCCCGGUGCGGCACGGAGGAUCGGUAACGCUGUACCAGGACGCGCACGUCCCUGAGUCGAUGUUGAAGGAGAUAGAAUUGGAUAAUGGGGAGGUUUUCAGGCACGAGAAGUGCUGGGAGGAUAUAUGCCAUUCGAUUCUAGAGGCGCAUCAUUUGGUUUACAUUGUUGGGUGGUCGAUUUAUCAUAAGGUAAAGCUUGUGAGGGAGCCGACGAGGCCAUUGCCGAGCGGAGGAAACCUGAGUUUGGGGGAUUUGCUCAAGUACAAGUCCCAGGAAGGCGUGAGAGUUCUGUUGUUGGUUUGGGAUGACAAAACUUCUCAUAGCAAGUUCUUUAUUAAUACGACGGGUGUGAUGCAAACUCAUGACGAAGAGACCCGGAAGUUUUUCAAGCAUUCUUCUGUUUCGUGUGUUUUGUCCCCUCGUUAUGCCAGCAGUAAGCUUAGCAUAUUCAAGCAACAGGUCGUUGGAACCCUGUUUACGCAUCAUCAGAAGUGUGUGAUUGUAGAUACACAAGCAUAUGGAAAUAACAGGAAGAUAAGUGCUUUUAUAGGGGGUCUAGACCUCUGUGAUGGACGUUAUGAUACGCCUGAACACCGGCUCUUUCGGGACCUGGAUAAUGUAUUUCAUGAUGAUUAUCACAAUCCAACAUUUUCUGCAGGAACCAAGGGUCCUAGGCAACCAUGGCAUGAUUUGCAUUGCAAAAUUGAGGGUCCUGCUGCAUAUGAUGUGCUUACAAACUUCGAGCAGCGGUGGAAGAAAGCUACAAAAUGGUCAGAGUUUGGCAGACGUUUUAAAAGGAUAUCUCACUGGCAUGAUGAUGCGUUGAUAAAGUUAGAACGCAUCUCAUGGAUACUAAGCCCUUCCUCAACACUUCCAAAUGAUGACCCUGCGUUAUGGGUCAACAGUGAAGAUGACCCUGAAAACUGGCAUGUUCAGGUUUUUCGUUCUAUUGACUCAGGAUCUUUGAAAGGAUUUCCUAAAAAUGUAUUCCAAGCUGAGGCUCAGAAUCUUGUCUGUGCAAAAAGUCUGGUAAUUGACAAGAGCAUUCAAACUGCAUACAUCCAGGCGAUCAGAUCUGCCCAACACUUUAUAUAUAUUGAAAACCAAUAUUUCCUUGGAUCAUCAUACGCAUGGCCAGCUUACAAAGAAGCAGGUGCUGAUAAUUUGAUUCCCAUGGAGUUGGCGUUGAAGAUCUCCAGUAAAAUCAGAGAAAAGGAAAGAUUCACAGUUUAUGUCGUUAUACCUAUGUGGCCAGAGGGUGUCCCCUCUUCUGCUUCUGUUCAAGAAAUUCUUUUUUGGCAGGGACAAACAAUGCAAAUGAUGUAUCAUAAAGUAGCAGAAGAGUUGAAAUCCAUGCAGCUUGAGAAUUCUCAUCCGCAAGACUACUUAAAUUUCUACUGUCUUGGUAAUAGGGAAGAACUUCGAAAAGAACUGUCAAGUUCCAACAAUCAGCCUUCCAGCACUGGUGACACGGUCUCAGCAUCACAAAAGAAUCAGCGGUUCAUGAUUUAUGUGCAUGCCAAAGGAAUGAUAGUAGAUGACGAGUAUAUCAUUUUGGGGUCUGCCAACAUAAAUCAACGAUCUUUGGCUGGUUCAAGGGACACUGAGAUUGCCAUGGGAGCGUAUCAGCCGCACUACACAUGGGCCAAGAAGAAGAAACGUCCCCGUGGACAGGUAUAUGGAUACAGAAUGUCCUUAUGGGCUGAACAUAUGGGAAUGGUCGACAAUCUAUUUAAGGAGCCUGAAACUCUCGAUUGUAUUAAGACGGUGAACAAGAUUGCUGAAGAUAACUGGAGACGGUUCACAGAGGAGGAAUUUACAUCUUUGCAGGGUCACCUACUCAAAUACCCUAUUCAGGUAGACGCCAAUGGCAAAGUAAGCCCUCUGCCCGGACAAGAGACUUUCCCAGAUGUUGGUGGUAAGGUGCUUGGAGCUCGUACAAACCUUCCUGAUGCGUUAACGACUUAGGCUCUUGUAGUAUCCUUGUUUAUAAUUUCAAACAGAUUCCCAUUUUGAUAGGGAAAGGGGGACAGUUUCAUUAUGAACUGUAACAAGCUCAUAGAGGGAAUACAAUAGCUUUUGUCUGAGUCUUGCUAACUCGUAAUCAGUUGUCAAGAUGGUCACCUUGUAUCAACAUUGCAGUCUAUACAUAUUAUUACAUGAGAGAAUUCACUU